AUGAACAUAUCUGCACUGAUUAGAGACUUUAAUCAGAAAUCUGGAGAACAAUAUAUUAGCCAGAAUUGGUUUGUGGCAUAUGCAUUAAUCUACGUUAUCAAAAACUACUUCUUGAAGCGGGCUUCGCAUUUCACUCUCACACUUAGCUGUCGUGAUUAUCACACUUGCAGUUUCUACAAUGACAUCAUGGAACCACUAUUUCAACUAUGGGAUAUGCAAAUAGUACAGUUAAUAGUGGUACAUAUGAACUCAACGACAAGAAUACCUGGUGAUAGGAUAUAUAAUAUGAUGUUAACCGAUUCCUACACAGCUUUCUUAAAAACUGAUAUCGCCAGUUAUACUCGGGACAAUAAUAAUAAUGAAUACUAUUUCAUUUUUUUGCAAACACCGGAUCAUCUGCUAAAGGAUGAAAUGCAACAAAUAUUUAAUUACUGCUGGUUGCAUUAUCUCAUAAAUUGUGUUGUCCAAGUACAAACUGAAAGGGGUGAAGUACUACUCUACACCUAUUUUCCAUUCACAGCGAAAUACUGUUAUAAAAUAGAGCCAGUUUUAUUUAAUCAAUUUAAAGGUGCGGGAUUUACGAAAUCAGAAUUAUUUCCAAGAAAACUUAAAAACUUUUACGGCUGUAAGCUUAAAGCUGCUUUAUGGCAUUUAGUUCCUUUGGUAACCUUAGAGACCAAUGUAGAGGGCCAGGUCAAGAUAAACGGAGGUUUUGAAGGUAAUAUGUUAAAUGUGUUAGCACAAAAACUAAACUUCUCGGUUGAAAUCUGGAUUCCACCAGAAGCUGUAAAACGUGGCACUCUAGUAAAUGGAAGUUUUAAUGGAGCUAUUGGAAUGACAGAAAAACAUACUGCUGAUUUAACAAUUGCUGGUUUUCGCCAAACGCUCGAACGUUCCAGAGUUGCUUCUCCCACAGUCGUUUAUCGGCAGGAUCACGUAGUAGCGUGCAUCCAUUCACAACCUACGUCUGGACAAUACUCUUAA